AAUCACAUGACAGGGCUUCUGUCCAAUCAACGCGCUUCUCGGUGAUCACUUCCGGUGGCGUUUCCUGUCAGUGUUUAUAAACUGAGAAAAUUGGAAGUGCGACAAGAAAUAAUAACCCACGGAAACUCUUAAACUUGAAAGGUAGGCAUGUGUUUUUCCAGCACUGCUCGCUUGCGGCUCUUUUAACGUUUUAUACUUUGCUACGUGCUUCUUUCUAACAGCUGUACCCGCUGAGGGAGGUGUUAUUUUGUGGUCGGCGCCGAGUCCGCACGCCCUGCCUGCCUUGGCUGUUGUGUUGUCUGCGGAGGGGGUGGGGGGUCAGUCCUACCAGAGUUAUCCCAAAACCCAACUACAGGGAAGCUAGCAGGCUAACCGACAUAGAUACAAGUCCCGCACACAUUCAGAUAUUUUACCUGCGUGUUUUUGUUUCAGUCUGACUCAAUAGAAGUCGGAUUUUAAAGCAGAAAAACAAACGCUUUAUUUCUGAAUCGCAAAUCUGCUCACUUGCUGUGCCGAAAGAGUAAAAUGAUGGCAAUGACCAGUUACCUAUGAUAUUUUCAGCUUUGAAAUAAAUGAAUUCUCACGCAUGGUUCAUGCUGCUAUUAAUCUGCCUUGUCUUUUUUCAGCCUUAGUGUGCAACCUAUUUGAUAAUGUGGAUACUGCUCUUAAUAUCAGCGCCUAAAAUUGACCUCCUCUCUUUUUAUAAGAUAAGAUGUUCCUUUAAUAUUCCCACAGAGGGAAAUUCCAAAAUUACAGCAGCAUAGUAAAGAUACAAAAGAGAAAAAUCAAAAGAUAAAGAAACUUUGAGUUAAAACAAGAUAUGUGCAUGUGUCAUAUUUCCAUCUGUAAAGAAUAAACAUAUUCUUUUGCACAUUGAGGUUCCUGUCGUUGAGACAGCUGAUACCCCUCUGUCACACAUUUUGUGUACACUGCUCAGUACACUUAGUGUGUACUGAACAAUCAUUAAGAACGCCAUUCAAUGUAAUGCUCAUCAGUACAUUACCGGCCAUUAUGUCUUCAAUAUUAAGUAUAAUCAGUACGGUGAUCAUUUUUAUAAUCAAGAAUAUUGCAAAUUACAUCGCAUUAGACUGCCCCAGGUUUGUAUGAUGUUAUGGCUGGUAAGUGUGUGCUGUACUGUACCUACUUUGAACGCACAAAUCUCAUAACUUUGAAACAGCAUCAGUACUUUGUAUUAUAGACAGUAAAAUAGUUGUAAUCACACCGUUGCCUUUCUAGGUUUAGUCUUUUAAAAGUGAGUACUUUACACACAGGCAACUGAGCCUAAAUAUGAAAUCUGUACUCUCCAUGGUUGCAUAUGUGAACUAAUCCAGUUGUUUGAUGGCUGCUGGACCAUUUUACACAGUCAUGAUUCUCUUAUUAGUUUGUUUGAAAUCAUCUUAAGAUGCGCAGUGUAGUAUUUACAUUUACAUGUUUUGAUUUCCUCCAAUACAUGACGUAUGUUUUAGGUGGGCAGGUAAGGUUGGAUCUGACUUUCACAAGUUUGUUAGAGUCCUGAGAACUGUUUUCUUCAUCUCUGUGUUUUAUAUAGACAAUGGAAAUACAGCAUGCACCAAACCAUUGGGGCUUUCUUGCCUGAUUAACUGCACAUAUCAAAGCUGGAACUAAAUUUUUGGUCAUACGUCCAAAUUUGUUGAUUUGUGAGACGGAAAUGAAUUGGACAUUUUUUCAGCUCCUGAUUCCAGCAUGUAAAAUAGUGGCCUUAUGUUGUUACACCUCUACUUUCAGGCUGUUGCCCCUGAUGAUUUGGUUGGCCGUGGUUUCUUCUGUUACCCCUCAUCCAGAGUGAGGCUCCCCCCUGUUACCCCAAACAUACUUGCACUCAAACCACGGCGAUGACAAACCAUUCCAACAGGGACCAUAUGAAAUGGGUCAGUGGAAGUCUCUUGGUCAUCAUUAGUUGUUAUUCCCAGUCCUGAUGUCACUUUGUUGGUUGGCGUGCUGGUUGCUUCCUCUCCUCCCCCUGACUCCUUAACUCUUUAAGGAGUACUAUGGCCCCUUUCUUUCUGCUCUGACAUGCUGUUUGUGUUGUCAGGCUGGGUUGCUGGGCUGUGAGGCGGUGCUGUCCAGCAUGGCCCUGAUGCAAGCCAACAACAUCCCAGGUCAGAAGAGGAUGAUGUCACCUUUGGGUCAGGGGCACAGGGCCAGUCCCGAGAGCCUCCAGACCCACUCACAGCAUGGCCACCAUGGACACCAGGGUCACCACGGACAAGCCCACCACAGCCACAUGGGCCAUCCUUCAGCUGGAAGCUGUCCACCCCUGGUGAGAUAGAGGAAAAAAUGAACAAGGACCCCUUAAAAUUAUCCAAAGCUGUGAUUUUAAAAACUGAUUUCAUUUAGAAAAUGUGCACAAGAGUAAAGGUGGAGCUGUUGUAUUGGAAGUGUAUGAAUCACAAAUUUCAUCAUUAGUCAAUAUUGCUAAGUGUCUUUUGCACUGCAGUAUUUCCUUGGAUCAAGUUUUUUUUGCCUCAGUAUAAUUAUAAUUUAAAUUGAAUGACAAAAUCACAUACCUCUUCGAUACAUUGACAUUUAUAUUAACCCAUCAAAAACAACAGGAAUAGAUUUAGAUUUGAACGAUUUAGAAAAGAAGUCAUCAAAACAGAAAAACAUGAAGGAAGGAGACAAAUCAGAUGACUGAUUGGACGGUCAGCACAUCGCAAAUGGUGAGUUUCUAUCAUGGGGUUAUAGAGCUGUCAGUGCUACAUGGCAGGUGCUCAAUUCACACAAGGUAAAGUCUGCUGUGGAAACACAAGCAAGAUCAGAAUUUAUCGUAGCAUAGUGGACUGAACCAAACUGGACCCCCAUAUGGAAACAUGCCAAAAGAUGAAAAUAUGGACCCAUGUUUUCACUUUAUAGCAUCUAAUAUUGAAAGCUGAUAUAUUAUUUAGCCAUAUGUUAAUAUCAUGUUACUCCCAUCUUGCCAUGACAUUUGAGUGUAUUGGACACUGUUGAUUGAGUUUGAAUAUAUUCUUCUCUUCUUCCAAAAGCUGAUCCGAAAAGAUGGAGAUUAUCACACGUCAAGAAUGAUGGAUGGAAAAGACAUGCAGGCAAACCAGAAUAUGCAACCGAAGAAGAAGCACAAGAAAUCAGGGUCAUCUAACAAAGUCAAAGAAAAAGUGGAGGUAAAGAUUGUUUGAAAUCUGCGCUUGUCCUUUGGGAGUCAUGAGAUGGUGUCUAAAGAUGUUCACUUUGAUUCUCUCAAUGAUGUUGAUAGCAUAUACUUCCACCAAUGGACAUGGAUGAUGACAGCUCCUUAAAAGUUCAGAAGAACUUCAUCUGUGACCACUGCUAUGGAGCUUUCCGAAGUAGUUACCAUCUCAAGCGACAUAUACUUACACAUACAGGUGAGAGGACACAGCUUGUGUCUUCAGUUCUAUGACAUUUUUGCCCUUCAAAGUCUUAGGAAAUAUAGGAAACUGAGCAGUAUUGAGCGCAUGUCCCCUUCUUGCUUAAUCUGAUGCUUUGACUAUUACAAAGCAAAACACAGACUCUGGCUGAACCAUCUGGAUUAAAGGGAUAUUCUGGGGUAAAAUUAAUUUAGGGUCAAACAUACCGUAACACCGAGUUAGACACCCCCUCGAGAGAUGAAUGUUACCGACUGCUUGCUUCUCUAGUUAUACCAACUUUAGUAACAACCGCAUGGUAGCAAUACACAACAGUCUAUGGAACCAUAUACAAACCUCAACCAAAGCGCCACUCUAUAGCGAGACCUCAAGCCAGUCCAUUACGGACUGCAGUGGGGUGACGCAGCUCAAGGAAGAACAUUUAUGAUCAUUUUUUUUAUAAUUUCCUUGAAGUAAUAAUCACCAUAUUAAUCAUUUUGCACUGCAGACACGGCAGUUCUUCUGCCUUAGCGUCUCAGUCUGAUUGCAUUUCAAUGAAGAAUUGAUCAUAAAUGUUCUUCCUUGAGCUGCGUCACCCCGCUGUAGUCCAUAAUGGACUGGCCUGAGGUCACGCUACAAACAAGCGGCUGCUGGAAGAGAGUAGGUGAGUUGUGUUUAGUCUCUUUGCUAAAGAAAUCAGGCCAAAUUAAAAAGAUGUUUGGUGGCUAGUGCUAUGGCUAGGGCCCUAUAUGUGUAUUGCUAUUGUGCGGUCAUUACUGAAGUUGGUAGAACUAGAGAAGCAAGCGGUCAGCAACAUUCAUCUCUAAAGGGGGUGUCUAACUCGGUGUAACGGUGUGUUGGACCCUAAAUUAAUUUUACGCAGGAAUAUCCCUUUAAAUCUGGUUUUAUCAGUGCAUUUGAUAUCUUAGACCAACAUCUGGGUAUUUCCUUCCUUUCCUUACAUGUCCUCUUAAUGUGAACGCUGGAUAUGAAUUUGUUCAUUGUGCUGCUGUAGGAAGGUUUUCAUUUGAAUAAUGAUAUUUUAUCGUACUAUUUAAUAAUGCAUAGGCAGAGAAAUCAAAUCUUUUUUUUAUUACUUUCACAGGAGAAAAGCCUUUUGCUUGCGAUGCGUGUGAUAUGCGGUUUAUUCAGCGUUACCACCUUGACCGGCACAAGAGGGUGCACAGCGGAGAGAAACCAUACCAGUGUGACCGCUGCCACCAGGUUAGUUUAAUUUACAUGUGUUAUCAUAUGCCUUGCAGUUUCAGCACAUGCUGACUGAAACUAAAACACAAAUCCUUUCUUCCUCUGUCUCCAGAACUUCUCACGGACAGACAGGCUGCUGAGACACCGGCGGCUGUGCACAGUUGGGAUGACUAAAGAGGAGAACCAGUACUCACAGGACGCAUCUGCCCAUCCAGCUUCCUGGAGCCCCCUACAGUCCUCCAGCAACCGUUUGACUGUCUGACCCUCGUCUUUGUGUAGAGACCUCACAGACAGCAGUAGUGGAGCUCAAAUGUACUCUACCUUGAAAACAGCCUAGCAUAAAAACAAUUUCAUUUUAAUCACAACAGCUCAGUCAAUGAGCUGUUGAUAGUGAGUUUUUGUAUUUUUCUACUGUUACAUUCAUCUUACUGACAACAAGGGAGGGCUAAUCUGUGAACACGGACAACAGGUCAUGAUUUUAAGGCAAUAACUGAAUGAAAAUGCACACCUCUCCUUUUCACUAGAAGGUAGCAGCUGCUCUGGACUGGAUAAGACUUCCAGCGGUACCUUGUUGACAUCCUCUUGACCUGCUUUUGACCCUCUUCUUUGUAUGGACAGUUCACAAGAAGACAAUACAGGACUGGGUAGUAUUAGAGUUUCAGCUUCUACCGUUUUAGUCGUCAUCAUGGUACCACUCAUGCACUAGCUUCUUCUCAGCAGAGGUGGUAGAGGAAGAUUCUGGCCUCCCAUACAUCAUGGUAUGUGUUAUGAGAGUUCGACCACAUUUGAGAUCGAACUUUAUGUAUGUUAAAGUGAAAUUAGCUUAAUGCUGAGUUAAAUGCAAAUGUGUUUGUUUUUUCUUCAUGUACACAAGUCUUAACUGGACCUGAAGUAACUUAUAACCUGCCAUUUUACAGAAAAACACUAAAGGCUAACCUGACUCUCCUCAGAUGUUACAUUUUGAGCUGACUGUGGCAGUAGUUAAGGUGUGUAGAGAAUGCUCGCUCACUCGGACACUGUUCGACCUUGUUUUAAAGGGUCUAGAGUGUAUUAGAUUUUUGACGUUCUUGAACAAAUUAGUAAUCUGUUGAUUGAAUAUUUUACCUUCAUUUAGGAAUUGUCUAAUUUCAAAUGAGUUGUUGUAAUUGUCCAUCUCUUACUAGGAACCGCUGUUAGUUUGUUUUUGUUUUUUUCUUGUUCACUGUUCAUCAAUUCUUCAGACUUAGUUUGCCUGAAAAGUCUGUGAGAGUAUUUGAACAGGAUCUAGUUAUGGUUAUUUGGUUGUUUCACACAUUUAGAUAAAAUGUAGAUUUCCAUAUGAACACUGGAACUGUUCUUGAUUAAAAAAAAAAAAAACAAGCUGGAUUAAGUGCUCAUGAAAGCAGCCAUGAUAAGAUUAAUCUAGAUAAUGAUGUGGCUUAUUUUAACACCUCCAUCACCUCACCGCUGUCUUGACCUGACUGAAUGUUACCAGAUACAGUGCCAUGUCAUUUCAGGUUUGAUUUUGAACUUUAUCAGUGAAGAUGCCCUCUUGUUCAGAGUUAUAAUGCCCGGGUUAUGUUUGUACGCUGAAAGCCUACAUUGAGGAGCAGUGUGUCAUAUUCAGAGGAGUUUAGCAGAACUGAUUUAGUAGGAAUGGAGUAUAAUAUUUUUACGUAUGUUUGACUUUAUGCAUAAUCACCAGGAUAUAGAAAUAGUUUUGCCUUCAUAAAUAUCUACAUAGAAGUGGGUCCUCUGUAGCCAAGGCUGCCAUCUUUCACUAUACAUGUUGAAUGGUCAAACUCAUAUAAUGCUCUUUUUGUUAAGAGCAUGAGUGGCUCUAUUGUGAGGGGCUUUGCAAAAUGUAUAAAGGACAAGAGGGUGGGUGUUUGGGGCAAAGCAUUUGUACUAGCAGAUGUUAAAAAUUUGACAAAUAGGACCAUACUUUUUCUCUAUCGUAGGAGAUUCUUUUCCUCAACAGCCACCAGUGUGUGGGGUGAGCAGGGGAGCGUUCCAGUUCAAAAUCCGACCACUAAAUAUCCUCUUUUACACACUGUACUUUUAAUUAUGGCUCUUAACACUGGACUGGAGAUGUUAGCUCAGUUUUAGAGGAAUUGAUAGUAGACUGGUACUCCUGUUGCUGUUACAGUUUUAGAUUGUGUGAAAACAAGAAGUUUCGGGUCCAUCACUGAUUUGUUUGCUUUUUAUGAAGUCAUUAAUAUAUAUUUUAAUGGUUUUAGGGGUAGAGGAUAGUAUGUAAAGGACCUAUACCCCAAAAGAAAAUCAAAGUUUUGUCAAAGUUGUAAUCUUUAGUCUGAUGAUUUCUUUUAUCAUACAAAAAGCCCUUUGCAAGACAUCUUCAACUUGCCAUUGGAAGGAAAGUGAAAGGGGCCACUUUUAGUUAAUCAGUUAUGAUUGGUCAACAUUUUUAUGUUUUUGCAUGUUUAUGUUCAAGGAUCUUAACAUUUUGCUUUUGUAACUUUUUUUUAAUGUAAGCCCCAUCUGUCUUUCUUUUUUUUUCUUUUUGUAUUUUCGCUAUUUCAGGGGUGAAGUGAAAUCAGUUUGGAGUCAAUCAUUCUGUAGCAUGGAGCUUGUCAUGGCAGUUUAGGGCCCCAAGUCUCAAUAAAGCUGUUACACUUUUUCAACAAAUGU